AUGGACGUCUUUAACACGACAUCUUUCGACAACGCAGUCACCGACCGCCAGGACCCUUCCACGUCCUCGUGGUACGUGGUGGCAUCAUGCGCGACUGUCGCCAUUUUGUCCCUGUUUCUUAUGAGGGACCGUACGACCAAGCUUCCGUACCUCAACCCCAAGAAGCCUUUUGAAUGGUCUUCGGCUAGAGCUGCGCAGGAGAUCAUCCUCAAUGCCCGAAACUUGAUGUACCUUUCAGCCAAUAGUCUGUUGGGAAAACCUUUUCGCGUGUUGGGUGACGUUGGCGACGUUAUCAUUCUACCUCCCGAUGUUGGCCAGGAGAUCCGGAACGACAAGCGCUUCAGUUUCACACAAGGUCUUGCCGACGACUUCCAAGCUCAUUACUCUGGCUUUGAGCCUUACAAGGAAGCUUGCGACCCGGCCGAGAGACUUCAGAAUGUAGUGAAACUAAGGCUAACAAAGACCCUGGGUAAAAUCACCAGCAUUCUCUCCCAGGAAGCAGACAUGGUUAUCAAGAACACUCUCACCGACUCGAAAGACCCCCACGAUGUCGUUCUCAAGGAAGUCGUCCUUGAUGUCGUCUCUAGACUCUCUGGUCGCAUCUUCGUUGGCGAGCGCCUUGGCCGAAACGACGAAUGGCUUCACACUGUCAUCAACUACGUCGAGACGAGCGUCUUUGCCAUGCAGGAUAUGCGCAAGUGGCCUGAAUUCCUUCGACCUGUUGUCGCCUGGUUUCUUCCCAGAACUCGGCUCCUCCGCGCAUAUAUCAGAGACGCCGAGAAGCACGUCUUUGCUGAGAUCAAGAGACGCAAGGAAGAAUCACCGGCCGUCGAGUACCUGGAUGGUAUUACAUGGUUUGAGGAGAUGGCUAAGGGACAGAAGUACAAUCCGGCCGUUGGUCAGCUGAUGUUGGCCAGCGUUGCCGUACACACCACUGCCGAUCUUGUUUGUCAAGCUAUGUACGACAUCUUGCAGCACCCUGAGCUGAUCCAACCCCUGAGAGAAGAGGUUAUUCGCGUCAUUGGCGAAGGAGGCUGGAAGAAGACGGCUCUGCACAACAUGAAGUUGAUGGAUAGUGUUCUGAAGGAAAGUCAGCGCCUGAAGCCCAACCAGAUUGUGGGAAUGAACCGCAAGACAGUCGAAGACAUCCAGCUUCCCGACGGAACUUUCCUCGCCCGCGGAGCUUCCAUCGUCGUCUCCGCUGAACGCAUGUGGGAUCCUAAGGUCUACACCAAUCCUCUCGAAUUCGAUGGCUACAGAUACUUCAAGGAGCGCGGUGGCCCCAACGAUGCCGUAAGCCAGCUCGUGAGCACCAGCACAAGCCACAUGGGCUUCGGACACGGCAUGCACUCUUGCCCUGGUCGCUUCUUUGCCGGAAACGAAGCCAAGGUUAUUCUGGCUCAUUUUCUUCUCAAGUAUGACUUUGAGUUUGCUGAGAAUCAGACGCCAAAGUACAUGGAGUAUGGGUUCACUUGUGAAUCAGACUCUACUGUCAAAGUUUCUGUUCGCAGACGCAAGGAGGAGAUUGACCUGUCUGUCCAGGACCCCCAAGCGGAAUGA